CGCUGCGUGUGGGAGGCAGGAACGAGGUGUCCGCCAUUACUGCCCGCACCCCCGCGCCCUCCCCGCCGCCUUUAGGACACCAGGGCCCCGCCGGUACCACGGGUUGUCCCAAAGUUGUUGCCUACGGGAGUUCUCGGGGGGCUGUCCGAGAGUUAGAGCUUCCGGGAGGCAUCGGUGGGCGGAACGCGGGGAGGGAGCCGCGGGACGGAGGGAGCCGAUUGGGGGCGUACCGAGGCACUGUGGGGGAACGGUUUGAGCGAUGGACCGCGGCGCCGGAUGAUGGCGGCGAUUCCGAAGGUGCUGUGCUCGGAGAAGGGAGUGUUGCUCAGGCAGGUGCUUGCCCUCAGCAGAGCAGCAACACCCAGACAAAACCGUCUAUGUGCUGCAGGUGAUGCACUCCUGAGUUGCCACAGAUCCUACAGAUCCCGACCUACACAUGGAAUUGGGAAGUUUAAAUACCUGCUCCCAAAGGAGGUUCCAAAGAGGAGAAAGGAAAAGGUGCAGAUGAAAGAGAUCAGUGCUGGCACUGAGUACCAGUAUGGAGAUGUCAACAUCCAGAUGACUUCCUAUGAUCUGUGCCUGGUGGAGCAUUUUGCUCAGUAUGUCCAUAGACUCUGCAACCGGCUCUCAGUCCAGGUCAAUGAGAGCUAUGCCAUGCCCACCAAAACCAAUGAGGUGCUGUUCCUGGAAGAGAGGGGAUCCAAAAUGCAGCUGGAUGCAGUCCUGACCACCCACCAGAGGGUUGUCCAGAUCCGUGGUUUGAGUUCAACGUUUGCUCCCAUACUCCUGGAAAUCAUUCAGAGUAACCAGCCUGAGGGGGUCCAUCUGUUAGUGAAACAGCACACGGAAGCCGAUUUCAAGAGCCGACUGAAGUCUCGACCACAGCUGGAAGAGCUGCUGGCACAGAUGUCCUGAGGUGAGGAACAAGGUGCCAUCCAUGGGCUGUUCCAGCCUCCAGAGGGUGCUUCCUAUGCUUCCUACUGAUCACUCGGUGAAUUGGAAGGAAUUCCCAGUGUCAGCAACCAGCUUGUCCCAAUAAAAAAAAUAAUGCAUUUG